AUUAAACCAUUUCGCAGUAAUCCAACUUUAGUAUAAAUAACACAAUAGUAUCUACAUUGUCUAUCGAGAGAACUUGCACUUAAUACGCAACAUGAACCCGUUAUUUCCUCAGCAAGAAAUAGAAGAUAUACUAAAGGAACAUUCCACCGAAGUCAGUCGUGAUCCUUCUUUUGAAACAUCACUAGCCUUUGUAAGAGAUGUUGAAGUUCGAGACGAUGACGUAUUCUUAAUUGGGAAUGCAAAAUCUGGUACUACGUGGUUGCAGGAAUUGGUGUGGUUGGUUGGUAAUGACUUGGACUAUGAGGGUGCUAAGACAUUUAUUGGCGAACGUUUCCCAUUCUUAGAAACGCAAGCAUAUGUAACCGAGAAAUCUCUUGAGAAGAUGGCUCAUAUCAAAAUUGUAAAUCGUCUUAUAGAUUCUUUAAAUUAUGUUAAAAAUUUAAAGAGUCCUCGUUUCAUAAAGACGCAUGCAAUGCCAAGACUUUUACCAACUCAACUUCUUUCUGGUACCAAAAAGGCGAAGAUCAUAUACGUAUCCAGAAAUGCAAGAGAUGUUUGUUUGUCUGGCUACCAUUACACAAAAAACGUACUGAAGCAACAGGAUGGCUCCCUUGAUGACUAUUGCAAGGUGUUUAUGUCUUACGGUUAUAACCACUUUGAAUCCGUUUUGUACUUUUGGAAUUUGAGGCACCAGGAAAACAUUUUGUUUGUAAGAUACGAAGAGAUGAAAAAUGAUUUAGGGGAGGUAAUACAAAGGGUGGCCAAGUUUCUCAAUAAAACCGUGACCGAUGAAGAACAGUCGAAAUUGCUGAAGUGGUUGGAUAUUGAUCAAAUGAAACUAAACAAAGCCGUCAACCAUGAAACUGUGUAUCAGGCGACGGGAUUUAUUAGACAGGGGAUAGUUGGCGGUUAUAAACAGGAAAUGUCUCCAGAAAUACUUGAAAAGUUUAAGAUUUGGAUUCGCGAGUCGCUCAAGGAUUCCGAUUAUUUUGAGUAUGAAUAGUUUAUUCUUUAAUUUAUAUAUGUCUAUAUUUAUGUUGUGAUUUAUAUAUUAUGUCGUAGACAUUUUUUUUUCAAUUACAUUAUGUAUCUCUGUAU